AAACAGAAAGAAGAAAGAAUCCACCCAAUGAAAUACGUUGAGACGUUCUUCCUGUUUGGUGAGUGAGCCCAGCUAUUGGGAAGUAAAACAUGGCUGAACCCAGUGAAGUUUCGACUUGAGGAAUUUGCAAUAGUUGGCAGUUUAAAACCAUGGCGGGCUCUGGAAAACAAAUGCGACUGAAAUGUGUGGAAGACGUCAACAAAAUCAAAGACUUCCCCGAAGCACUGAUGAUAAUGAGGGAUCUGGGCAUCUCCGGAGCAGGUCUGAAGAACUUGGAUGAAGCGAAAAAGAACAUUGCUGGUUGGUACAAUGCACACGGGGACAACGCUAAGUCUACCUAUGUCAAAAAGGACCAGGACGCCCUCAAGGAGGCCCUGAACGAGGAUAAAAGGAACAGAGCCUCCUUACUGAAGGUUUUCGAACAGGCAGAAGCCAACUUUAAGGAACUUCCUGAGAAAUUCGUUCACGAUCUGGACCAAGUCUUCCCAGGAUUCCAAGCUGAUCUCAAACGGAAGUCCCAAGAGCUACAGAAGAGUGACUGUGCCAUCCUCUUUGCAGGUGAGACGGGUUCAGGUAAGAGCAGUCUGGUGAAUCUGUUGUCAGGGGCGAACCUCCUGCCUACAGCUGGUCUCCAGUGCACUGCGACCAUGUGCGAACUGAGGAAGUCCCCCAAGAAAUACGCCGUCAUUCACUUCCGAGAGCGCAAGAAGUCCACGCCGAAGAUUCUCGACUGCGGCCCCGUCGAGGGCGAGUUUAUCAAGAAGCUCCACCAGUACAUCACGUUUAUUGACGAGGAGACCGAGGAGAGCCCGUAUGACAGAGUGGAAAUCUUCUGGCCUUUUCCUAGUUUGGAGGAAUGCGUUGUGUUUGUGGACAGCCCCGGCGUAGGUCAGAGCCAACACGUGUUCAAGCAGAUAGAAAAAUACAUGACCAAAGCAUUCGGCUUCAUCUACGUCAUCAACCCCGGCAGCAUUCACAGGGACAGGCUCGGCUACCUUCUUCGCAUGGCGGUACAGCAAAGCGACUUCGAUCCAUCGACCACGAUCUUCGUGAACAACAAGUGGGACCAGGUGCCCCCUAGGGAGCAGGAAGACGUCUUUAAAUACACCCUGGAGAAGCUGAACGGCUGCAUCCCUGGAACCAAACCCUCGCAGAUAUACCCGCUCUCCACCAAAGAGGCCGUGAAAACUAUCGAUUUUGGCGGUAUUACGAAGGAGCACGUGGAGUUGGUGAAAGGAAUCAGAGGAGUUCUGCCCAUCACCUUCCACUCGAAACUCUGCACUUACUACAGGUGGAUGGCGUCCAUUCUAAAACGGUUGCUGUGUUCGUUGAAGAUCUCGCGCACGCUGUCGGCGAAGAGCAAGGAGGAGAAGGAGAAGACGUUCCAGCACAUCCAUUCUCAGAUCGGGACCCUGGAGGAGAAGGCGGAAUACCGGAUCUUCACGAUGCGCAACGACCUGAAGCACGCCAUCGAGGACAUCGUGUCGACCAUCCUGAAGAUGAUCCAGCAGCCCGACUACAAGAGGCGGCUGAUGGCCUGGGACUCCUCCAUGUGUCCGGCUCCAGACAGCACCAAGAAGGUAUUGAACGACGCCAGCUCCAAGCUCACCGAGCGGCUCGCCCACGUCGUCGACAUCUGGGAGCACGACAACGACGUCGUGUCCGGCGUCAAGUCUAGGGUGCUGAAGACCUUCAACAAGGAGCUGGAGCUGUUCGAGGAUCAGAUUAAGAAGAUUGAAGGGGUAUUAUUUGGAGAUGACGGCAAAGCACUUCUCGAUCUGCACAAGUCCAUGAGGCGCCGGACACCGGUCAAACCAGCCUUGGCGAAAGGAAAGAAGAAGGACGGCAAGGACGACGGCUUCCUCAGCAUGGGCAACGCCGUGGCCGCUGCCGCCUCGCUGGACGUGAAGAACAGCAAAUACAAGACCUUGUUCAAGUCGUACGACAAGUCCAACGCGCCGUCAAUGAUGAUGGCGGCCAUGGAUCUCUUCCUCAAGGAUUUGAACAGAGAUGCCAUGGCAGACAAGCUGAACAAAUUCUUCGAGAGAUUUUCCAAAAAUAUUGACCAGGUGGGCAAAAUAAUCCCAGAGUUCCUCAAAGCUGACAGAAAACUGAUGCAGGCGAUCAACCAAGACCUGCGCGCUGACGAAAGCAUGCUGAAGGACCUCUACCCUGCGCUGAUCACCCGAAUAGACUCUCUCCAGGGUCGUCUGGACAUCGUGUUCGCCAAGCAGCUCAUGAGAUUCGACUUCAACUACUCCCAGUUCAAGUAUGACACGAAGAACCCAGUGGGAGUGGGCAGCUUUGCGUCGGUGUUUGUGUCCAAUAUCCAGACGCAAGGAGGAAGUAUUCCAGUCGCUCUAAAGAUCUGCCGGGAACCUCUGCGCGAGUCGAACGUCAACGAUGUUCUACUGGAGGAUAGAAUGCUUAGAGACUUGCGACACACGAAUUUCAUCCGAUACUACGGCGCAUCACACCACACAGUUGGAUCGGACAUGCGAUGGAUCAUGGUUUUGGAAUUCUGUCCUUCGACUCUAAAACAGAGAUUUGUUGGCGAAGACGUGAAGAGUCCGGCAAAGCAAGGACAGUUCGUCUCGCUGCAGCUUGACUCGAUGAAGAAAGUGGCCUCGUUUGCCGAACAGGUGUGCUGUGGUCUGCAGUACCUACACAACAAAGGCCUCGUUCAUCGAGACAUGAAGUUAGAAAAUAUUUUGCUUACAGGCGAUGACGUCGUCAAACUCACUGACGUAGGUCUAGCGAAGAGGGCGAUAGACAUCGCGGGGACCCUGGCGGGGACCCCCGUGUACAUGGCGCCGGAGAUCCUGCUUCAGAAAGGAAGGUACGACUUCAAGGCCGACAUCUACAGCAUGGCCGUCAUCCUGUGGGAGAUGUGGUACGGGGUGGACGCCGCCGACCACCUCCAGGGGCAGCUGUUCGGGACAUUCGAGAGCGCCAUCAGCACUGGCUUGAGACCCUCUCUGACCAUGAACGACAAGCCGCCAGCCGAUUGGGUGAAUUUUAUCAAGGUGUCGUGGAGCCUCGACCCCAAUGAUCGACCCGACGUUGACCAGAUGUUGACCUUCUUCCGCACGUUCCUCAAACAGACGUCGAACUGCUCCAGUAAAAGGGGAUGGGGGACAUUUGUAGAUCCUCUCCGACAACCAGGGGGCGCUCCUGAUUUGGGUCCAUAUAAAAAAUGCUUGCAAUGGGUCAAAAAACCAGAUCGAGGACAUUCUCGUCAGCCUUCGUCUGACAGUGUUCAGUUUAUAUGUUGUGAUACAAACAGAAUCCAGAUUGAGGACAUUCUCGUCAGCCUUCGUCUGACAGUGUUCAGUUUAUAUGUUAAAACAGAUCGAGGACAUUCUCGUCAGCCUUCGUCUGACAGUGUUCAGUUUAUAUGUUGUGAUACAAACAGAAAACAGAUCGAGGACAUUCUCGCCAGCCUUCGUCUGACAGUGAAACCAGAUCGAGGACAUUCUCGUCAGCCUUCGUCUGACAGUGUUCAGUUUAUAUGUUGUGAUACAAACAGAAUCCAGAUCGAGGACAUUCUCGUCAGCCUUCGUCUGACAGUGUUCAGUUUAUAUGUUGUGAUACAAACAGAAACCAGAUCGAGGACAUUCUCGUCAGCCUUCGUCUCACAGUGUUCAAAACCAGAUGGAGGACAUUCUCGCCAGCCUUCGUCUGACAGUGUUCAGUUUAUAUGUUGUGAUGCAAACAGAAACCAGAUCGAGGACAUUCUCGUCAGCCUUCGUCUGACAGUGUUCAGUUUAUAUGUUAAACCAGAUGGAGGACAUUCUCGCCAGCCUUCGUCUGACAGUGUUCAGUUUAUAUGUUGUGAUGCAAACAGAAACCAGAUCGAGGACAUUCUCGUCAGCCUUCGUCUGACAGUGUUCAGUUUAUAUGUUGUGAUACAAACUGACUGUGUUCAGUUUAUAUGUUGUGAUACAAACAGAAACCAGAUCGAGGACAGAAACCAGAUCGAGGACAUUCUCGUCAGCCUUCGUCUGACAAUGUUCAGUUUAUAUGUUUUGAUACAAACAGAAACCAGAUCGAGGACAUUCUCGUCAGCCUUCGUCUACAGUGUUCAGUUUAUAUGUUGUGAUACCAACAGAAACCAGAUCGAGGAGAUUCUCGUCAGCCUUCGUCUGACAGUGUUCAGUUUAUAUGUUGUGAUACCAACAGAAACCAGAUCGAGGACAUUCUCAAACCAGAUCGAGGACAUUCUCGUCAGCCUUCGUCUGACAGUGUUCAGUUUAUAUGUUGUGAUACAAACAGAAACCAGAUGGAAGACAUUCUCGUCAGCUUGGCUGAAAAGGGUUUUGGAGGAGUGUAUCUUUUACACGAGAAAGAUCAAUGCCAGUCUGAAAACGACACAAGAGGAGCAAGAGGAAAGCUUUCGCACAGCGGCUGAGAAAAUGAAGACGCUGAGGAGUCAUGCGCGAGAAAUAUUGGAGGAUUUGAGAGGUCAGCUCGAAGAAGAAACGACGUACAUGGCCGAUAAAAUAGGACAGUUCUUUCAACAGCCAGAAACAAAACGACAGAUGCAAGUAUGGACGGACGACGAAACUCCAUUUAAUGAUUUCUUUCGCAUCAAGGAUGUCAAUCCUCAAACCAUUCUGGAACGAAGAGACCUGGCCAUACUGAGAAGACUGUUUCACAUUCUCGAUUCGUGGGAAGGGUCUCGUGAGUUCAAAAGUCACAUCGAAGCCAAAAUGGACAGUCAGAUUAAGGAUAAACUCUAUCUUCUAGACGACGAGAUGAAAAAGAUAUCCAACGAAAUCAAGGACUCCGAUUCCCCCAAGUCAUCAAUUUCUUCCAAUCAGUCAACGCUUUCGUUUGAGGAAGAAGAUCUCACGGAAGAUAUUACAUCACAGUCUCUCAUGGUUGGUGUUUCCAAACGUCUUAGUACUUUCGUUCAGGGCGUUCAGACAUCUUCAUCCAGCACAAUUUCGAAAGCUGUCGUCGCUGGUGCAGUCCAGCCCAUGUUGAACUGGAUUUUAAAAUCAAAGGCUGACAGGCAGCUAAGGCGUGCAUCGUCUGUUAUCUCAAAUGCCUACAUGCAUGAAAGAGCCAACCUAAUCAUGAAAGGUCUGGUCGGUUCUAAAGAACUACUCGUGCGGUUAGUUAAACGGUACACAUACAAAGAACAUGACCAGCUGGAUUCAAUAGAGAAAAACAUUCCCAAAUUUGUCCAAGCAACCGACCGACUCAUUAGCAAUAUUCGGUUGAUGAGGGAACAAAACCAAGAAGACCAGCUUAUCGUUAAGGACAUGGCCGUGCAUCUAAAGCACCAGAUGGACCAGCUUCGAGGAUUUGACAAGAUGUUUCGUAAGGAGAUUGCUCCAGACGACAUUUCCCUGGUGUUUAAUGACAUAGAUCUGAAUACUUCAACCACCUCCGAUGUACCAAGUGUCCAGAGGCGUGAUGCCUUCAUUUGUCUAUGGUCAUUGUUACAGAAAGGCUCCCAAGAUCUUAGUACCCAUCAGAAACCUGUCAUGGUGAAGUUAUAUUUCCAGCCAUUAUCGGACACUGUCCUCUACAGAGAGCUUUCCAGAUUAAGAUCUCUCAAUCAUCCUUCUGUCUGCACAUUCAGUGGCAUGACGCGUGUAGAAAAUCGCAACGCCUUUGUGUUCGGUGACCAGCUGACGUCUGCUCGGAGGUACAUGAAGCGCGGAUCGGUCUCCAGGCGGGACGCCGUGCCCAGACUGUUGGAUGAACUCUUAGAAGGACUCGACCACAUCCACCAGGAGGAGCUCGUUCACAUGGAACUGACGCAAGACACGGUGAUGAUUAAUCAACAAGGCGAAGUGAAGUUGUGUGGAGCUUGCCUUCCGAGACAAGCAAAGUUUCCAAUGGAUACCGACGUCGUGGAGGCGGGAGAGUUCACGUGCCUCAGCCCGGAAGUCCUGCACGGAAGUACGUACGAAGCCGAGGCUGACAUCUACAGUUUGGGUUUAUUAAUCUGGCAGAUGCUACUACAAGAAAAUCCGUAUCAGCAUCAUAGGAGAACGCCUCUUUCUACGUUUAUUGACACGGUCAAUCCGUCAGAAAUGCUGAACAUCCCACGUAAGUCUGGCAUUCUGCAUCGUUUGCUGCAUGGCUGUCUGAUUCCGGAACCGAGUUCCCGGCUCAAAAUGGUGGACAUUCGGGACCAGCUGGCGUUGCUCAAGGAUAACCCCGUGAUGUCAGAAAUACGCAACUCCACCAGUCGUUCCAAGGUACUCAAACGGCAGAGUAGGCUCAAGGAGAGUUUUCUGUGAAGUUGGGCAGCGUGUCUGUGAUAGACUGUGAUUUAUUUACUACGGUUUGUAGACUAUCUUGAAUAGCACUGCGAUGUCAGAUUAAUUUAAGUUAGGUGAGGUUGUUUACCGCGAUAGACGUUCCUACAGCAUAAUUGGACACGUUAAUAGAAUAUUCUACCUUACUCUAUUCUUUAAAUUAGUGUAUUUCUGAAAUAAUUUUGGUUGAUCUCGUGGGUGUAUAUAUAGGCAAGUCUAACCUGAUAUAUGUGUGUAUGUGUUUGUUUAUGUGUGUGUGUGUAUAUAUAUAUAUAUAUA